AUGAAAGCCGAGAAGGCGUGGCUUGCGGAUCUGGAGGCAGCCACUGGUGCGGCCAAGGAAGCGGGUGUCUCGUUCGAGCCAGUCCAGGCGGAACUGUUGGAAGACAAAGCUGACAGCCCCAAAAUUGAAAGCCCAACCAGCCCCAUUCCCAGCCCAAGCCAUGGCGGUCUGAUUGACACGUCUCGCCCAACGCCAAUCGGGAUCCAAAUAUGCCAAGCCUGCGAGAAGAUCUACGGCUUCUUACAGGAGCCUGAAAGGUCCAAUGGAGAUGACCUGUUGGAAGACUUGUGCCGCACGGCCAAGCUGGAAGGAGCAUCACCGGACCUGAAGAACAGCAUCUUUGGCCUCAUGCGACCCGAGGAUAUCAAGAGCUUCUUGCAAGCGCCGGAUCACCAGUUCUGGCAGCAAAUCAAACAGAACACGGAGGAAUUCAUCAAGCUGCUGGAGGAUCCAGGAGCCGCUGUGCCCUAUUCAGUCGACGAGAUGACACCAGAGGCAAAGAACGCAAAGGUGCGUAGCAUUCGGCCAGUUGUGAUGGAUCAGUCCGUCAGGGAACCAGCCACCAAUACGCCCUUCGGCCACACAGGGUAUCAAAAAUUCCUGACGCUGCAAAUUGUCAAGGGCAUGGGCUUCAAGGACAUAGCCAUCAGUGGCCAGUAUUAUGGUGCUUCCUACACCCCAGAGACCCAAGUGCUCGAGUGGAUGAAGGUCAAAGGAGAACCGAUGGAUGGCAUGAUUGUCAUGUUCGCACCAGGCAGGGGUGAUCGAGAGGCUGGAAUCAAGGCUAUCAAGGAUUUCGGCAUCCCCAAUGCUUUCCUGGACUUGACCAUGAAGGCAAGUGUGCGCUUUAAGCAGUCCGAUUUCAUAUCCUCAGUGCUGGAGACUGUGGAGAUCUUGGAUGAGAUCUUCACUCGUAUGGGCUUCGAACCAAACCCUUGGCGCAGUGAGGAGAAGAUCAACUGCGACCCAGGCAGAGGAGAGAUCAGUGUGAACCUGGUAGACCUGAUGGAGUUUCUCGACCUGAAGCCUGACGGUACCAUGGAUGACAAGAAGAAGUCAGAGGCAGAGGACGCUUUUAGUACCUGGAAGAAAUCAAACGCCUUCAGGCGUCGAGUUGUGGGAAUUCUGACAGAAGAAGGGCGAGGAGUGGCCAACUACAAGGACUAUGGUACCUUGUCCAGGUGGUUGCGGGGACACUUCCCACGAGAUGAGGAAUAUCGAAUCUUAGUCCAUGCCCAUGCUGGUGAUGGAAAUACCCAGGACGCUGCUAGCGUCGAGGCGGCACUGGAAGGAGCAAAUGGGGUGUGGGCGGCAGUCAUUCCACAAGCUGCUCAGUCCGGGCACAACUCCAGCAUGGUCUUCCUUGACAACAUGGUACAGAUGGGCAACGGGCACGUUUUGGCAGACUUCUGGCUCCAUCAGGGCGCUCAAUGUGCCCGUCACAUCUACUACCUGAACUUCAACAGCUAUACCAUCCCAGACGAUUGUCCCAUCUGGGGAGCUAGAGUUGAUCAGCUGCUGCACACGGCUUUCAGCACGGUUUCAGGAAAGAGCUCAGAUUGGUCGAAUGACAAAAGCCACAGAUUUGCAACGCAAAGUGGCGAUGUGCCGGCAGGCGUGGUUGGACCUAAGGGACGAGCAGGAGAUCACGUGAAGGAAGUUCGAGACCUUGGCUUCGCCCUAAUGAACGCGGAUAUUCGAGCAAACAUGAACGAGCAAGCCACGCUAAAGCAGCUCUGGGACAUCGCAGCACGCAACAAGACAGAGAAGAUCAGGUGUGACCAGGUUGCUGGAUACUUGAAAGCUCAACAGCACCAAGGGGAGAAGGAGUAG